UGCUUUGAAAUUUACGUUCACUUUUAGUUUUGUUACGUUCUGAGUACAAACUUAUUUUCUUGUUAUAAUUCCAAUUAUUUUUAAUCAUUAACAUCUCAAUUGUGAACAAUGGUUCUUUUCAAUAGUGCUCGAAGUUUAAAUUCAAAGGUUGUCGUUCUUCAAAAAUUAUUCAAUGGUACUUUGAGUAGGCAAUUAAAUCAUGCCAAAAAAUGCUCCACUCAAGUGUUGAACAGUCGAACUCCAGCUUCUGUCUUGAUUUCAGAGGAUGAGGCCGCAAUUCAAGAAAUGAUCAGCAAAAUGUGUCAAAAUGUGAUUCAACCAAGAGUAAGAAAAAUGGACGCAACUUCAACAAUGGAUAAAGAAGUGAUCGAUGCUUUAUUUGAAAAUGGGUUGAUGGGGAUCGAUACAGAUACUAAAUAUGGAGGUACAGGUGCAAGUUUUCUAGCCACUGUUCUAGCGGUAGAGGAAUUGGCUAAAUUUGAUCCUUCAGUUAGCAUAUUAAUGGAUGUUCACAGCACUUUGUGUGUGUCCACUUUCAACAAAUAUGCAUCUGAAGAGCAAAAGGAAAAAUAUUUACCCCGAUUAGUCAAAGAUACGGUAGCUUCAUUUUGUCUGACUGAACCAGAUUCAGGUUCUGAUGCGUUCGCUUUGAAGACAAGAGCCGAAGACAAAGGUGAUCAUUAUGUGAUCAAUGGCAAUAAAUGUUGGAUCUCAAAUUCAGGAGAGGCCGGUGUGUUCCUCGUCUUUGCUAAUAUCGAUCCAAGUAAAGGUUACAAAGGAAUAACUUGUUUCAUUCUGGAACGAGAUAUGCCUGGUUUAUCUGUGGCUAAACCUGAGGACAAAUUAGGUAUAAGAGCUUCAUCAACAUGCACAGUUACAUUUGAAGAUGUUAAAGUACCUAAAGAAAAUGUUCUUGGUACCAUUGGCCAUGGUUAUAAAUAUGCGAUUGGUAUUUUAAAUGAAGGAAGAAUAGGAAUUGGUGCUCAAAUGAUUGGGUUGGCGCAAGGAUGCUUUGAUCAUGCAGUUAAAUACACAUUGGAAAGGAAACAAUUUGGUAAAGCAAUUUUUGACUUCCAAGGUAUGCAACAUCAAAUUGCCACUGCGGCCACACAAAUUGAAGCUGCUCGUCUACUCGUCUACUCUGCUGCUCGAAUGCGUGAUGCUGGUGUCGAUGUUGUCCAAGCUGGUGCUAUGGCCAAGUUUUACGCCUCUGAAGUGGCAACUUCCACGACUAGCAAAUGUGUUGAGUGGAUGGGAGGAGUUGGUUUCACCAAAGACUAUCCAGUUGAAAAGUAUUAUCGAGACUGUAAAAUAGGAUGUAUUUACGAAGGCACAUCAAAUGUUCAACUCAACACCAUUGCCAAACAACUCAAGACAAUUUACGCACAAUAAUUGUGUUUCAAAUAAAUGUACAUUUUCCUAAAUUAAAUGAAGGAUUGGACUAAUUGUUA